ACUAAUCAGUCGCAAUAGAAAAAUAUCUACUACUCGUUGCAAUUAUAUCACUCGAGAAUCGAGAUAGUGCAGUGUGUUAUCAGUCACUUCUACCAAAAUUAUUGCUUCUGUAACUCUGUUUGUGUGGAGUUUUAUCGCUUUUCAUCCAAAAAAAUUGCAGAGAUGGAUGUGUUGAAACUCCACUGGAUAUUGGGGGCGAUCGUUGCUUUCCUGUUUUUAAUUCCAACAAUUCAUGGCUGGGGACAAGAUGGUCACCAUACUGUUUGCAAAAUUGCCGAGAAUUAUCUCACGGACGAAGCUUUGGCUGCAGUGAAAGCCUUGCUUCCAGAUUCUGCGGAAGGUGAGCUUGCUGCUGUUUGCGCCUGGGCAGACCAGGUUCGCUGGCACUAUCACUGGAGCAGCGCUUUGCAUUAUGUAGAUACACCUGACUUCAGGUGCAACUAUGACUACUGCAGAGACUGUCACGACUCUGCUGGACGCAAGGAUCGAUGUGUCACUGGAGCAAUUUAUAACUACACAGAGCAGCUUAUGUCAGCGCACGAUGAUUCUGGUUUAUAUGCAACAAGCCAUAACCUGACAGAGGCACUUAUGUUCCUAUCACAUUAUAUUGGUGAUGUCCACCAGCCAUUACACGUGGGCUUUCUUGGAGAUUUAGGUGGUAAUUCAAUCACCAUCCGUUGGUACCGUAGGAAAACAAAUUUGCAUCAUGUGUGGGACAAUAUGAUCAUUGAGUCUGCUCUAAAGACAUUCUACAGUAAAGAUCUGUCUGCAAUGACCCAAGCCAUUCAGAAAAAUAUCACGGCUGCCAUGGUUGAUGAUGUAUCUAAUGAGAACUGCAAGGGUGCAGUAUGUCCAGAUCUGUAUGCUUCUGAAAGCAUCUCUUUAGCUUGUAAAUAUGCUUACAGAAAUGCCACUCCUGGAAGCACCUUAGAAGAUGAUUACUUCUACUCUCGGUGGCCUGUUGUUGAGUCUAGACUGGCCCAAGGUGGGGUCAGAUUGGCAACUCUUCUCAACAGGAUCUUCUCCAAAAAUAAGUCAAUUGCAGUAGAAUAAUAUAGGUUGAGGAGAUCGAGAUGUACUCUACGAUAAAUCUCGAGAGGGACCUCUAUUUGUGCCACUCCUCUUGGCUUGUACAAUUCCCCCACGCCAAGACUUAAGUUUCCAAAUUAAGUAGUUGGCUAUCUUGGAAGUCAACAUUGCUGCUCUGCUAAGAAUUGUACUUUAAAUUAUGUAGCUAUUGCUUCUGCUAAUCUGGAAUUUGCCUCUGUAUGUUGCUUUUUUUGUAAAAGCAACUUAUAAGACACAUGAAAGAUGAGCAGUAUUUAGCUUGUACGCAUUGUAAACUAUCAAUAGUUUAUGUAUAUAUAUGCUAAUGCAGAACUAGCUUGUAA